CAAAUAGACGAAAAUUUGAAAAUGGCGUUGCAAAAGGAACUGAACGUUCUUGCGCCGGGAUUGUAUGUGCAGGCUGUUCGCGUCGCCCAGAUACAGUACGAACAGCGAAUACUUGAAAAGCAGUCGAUGAAGAAAAUGUCUGAACUGGAAGAUCAGACGAACCUCGCUCGAGUGAGGUCUCGAGCCGAUGCUAGUUAUUAUGAAGGACUAAAGCAGGCAGAAGUCAAUAAGAUUUUGCUCACUCCAGAAUUUUUGGAACUCAGGCGCAUCGAUGCGAUUGCGAAGAACAACAAAAUAUAUUACGGCGAACGUAUCCCAAGCGCCUUCCUGUCGGCACUUUCUUCUGAUAAAAAUGCGAAUGGCGUUUGA